AACGGCUUAUUCAAAUCAUCCUCUUCUUCCCUUUCCCUCUCCGUGCCUUUUUCAAAACAGAAAAGAGAAAAAAUAAAAAAUCAAACACUUUCAGAAACUCAAAUUUUCCCUCUCAAAUGGAAAAGAGACUUCGUUCGUCUCUUCAAUCCUCUGCUGAGGAAUUCGUUUCCUCCGCCAUAAAAAUCAAUCUCAAAUCCUUAAAAUCCACUUUCAAAACCCUAAUUCACGCCAUCUCCACUUCUUCUCCGCUUUCCUCCUCUCUCCCUUCCGCUCUCCAACACUCUAUUUCCGAUUCCAUCUUCUCCUUCAAGAAUUUUCUAGAACAACCUCCACCAGUCUUCCCUGACCACGCCAAGUCUCCUCCUUUAAAGCGCCCCCGCCGGUCCUCCAGGAAAAGCGACUCUAGUUUCCCAAAAAAUGAGUCCGACCUCACUCGCGAGAAGCAAGAGACGCUCGAGAAACUCCAAAUUCUCGCUCACAUUACUUUUUUAUGCAUUUCGCAUCCCAAAAAGGCGUUUACCCCCUCCGAUUUAUUACCUGCAGUUCAGUUAUUGCAUGAUAACUUGGUUUUGUUGGAGUCGGAUUCGAGCUUGUUAGUGGACAUAGCCAGCUUAUGUGAGUUGUAUUGGAAAGAGAAUUUUCCAGGUCGAGAAAUGCUAAUUUCUCAGUCUCUUCCGUUUUUGGUUUCAAAGUCACUGACCUCGAAAAGAAAAGUUGAUGUACAUAGGGUUUAUUCUCUUCGCGAGGCGUUUACUUUGUUUGAUUUUGAGGAUGAGAGUAUAGAGGACUUGAAAUUGUUAUUGAUGCGAUGUGUAAUUGAGCCGCUGUAUUUGAAAACGGAGGACGGUAGGCGAUUUCUUGGGUUUAUGUUCGGGUUAAGUGGGCAAUUAUUGAAGGAGGCAUUGGCGAUGAUAAGAUCGCAGAUUCCGUUUGGAAGAAGGUCGAUUUUGGAGGCUUAUGGAGAGAUUUUAUUCAGGGCGUGGAAAGGUGUGGAAGGGGAAUUGAAGGAUGAGAUUGAGAAUGGGUUUUUGCAGUGUUUGAUUGAGGGUGCAAUUCAUGCGAAUUCUGGAGCAUUUGCAGCUUCUAUAAGGCGGGUUUUGGGGGGAUUUGUUAGUCAAAGGGUUACCGAUGGGGUCGAGAAAUUGCUUUUUCGGCUUGCUGAGCCAGUGAUAUUUCGCUCCCUGCAGGUUGCAAAUUCCAAUGUUCGUCUUAAUGCAUUGCAUUUAUUUUUAGACUUGUUUCCCCUUGAAGAUCCAGAUGCGACAAAAGAAAUUAAAGAUACACUGCACGAUAAACAGUUUUUUUUACUAGAGAGAUUGCUCAUGGAUGAUUGUCCAGGUGUGAGAGUUGUUGCAGUGGAAGGUUGUUGCCGUGUUCUUCAUUUAUUUUGGGAAAUCAUACCUCCAUCAACCAUUACAAAGAUACUCUCAAGAAUUUGCGAUGAUAUGUCACAUGAUAUAUGCAAUGAGGUUAGGCUUUCAACAGUGGAUGGGAUCGUUUAUUUGCUUGGAAAUCCACAAUCUCAUGAAAUUCUGAAAGUGCUUCUGCCGAGAUUGGGACAUCUAAUCUUGGAUAACGGGCUUUCCACUCGUGUUGCUUUUAUGGAUCUCCUCCUCCUUACACGGGAUAUCCGAACAUUCCAGUUUAACAAGGUUGUAGGUUUAGACGUACUAUUGUCAAGUCUUGCAAAUGAUCAACCUCAGGUUGCUCAGAAAAUAACAAGAUUGCUUUUGCCAUCAUACUUCCCCUCAAAAGUAAGCACUGAAGAGGCAUGUAAUCGUUGUGUUACUCUUAUCAAAAGAUCUCCAAUGGCUGGUGCGAGGUUUUGUGAAUUUGCUGUAUCAGAAGGGGCAUCUCUUAAGUCUCUCAUGGAGCUUUUCAAAGCUUUCAUAAGUUUGGUUUUGUCACAUGGUCAGCUGGAAGCAGUUCAAAUUGAGGGUUUACUUGCUGCUGCUUCCCAUAUUUGCAACAGUCUGGUGGGUGAGCCAUGUUAUAAUAAUGCCCUGAAAGAGUUACUUGCAGAUGGAAAAGUAAAGCGCUUGUUUGCAGCUGCUUCAACUGCAUGUGCUCAAUCAUCUGUACUCAACAUUUUUUCGGCUGUCUCUCUAGAGGAUGUGACUGUGCUUGUUGAAGAAUGUAUGCAUCUCAUCAUUAAUUGUAGUGGAAUACCCGAGAAUGUGGAACUGCAAGCUGAAGUGAGGUCUGCACACAAAUUGUUGAUGUCUUGUGAUAAUUUUGAUGAUAUGUUUGAGGCUCAAACAAAGGUCUUGCAAAAAACUGCCUAUCGUUGCCAUGUUAAAUUCGGCAUUGAAAUGCCAAAGCAGAGAAUUUUCCCUAGGAAAAGAAAGAAAUGCAAGUCCUCAGCCAAAAGUUCAGUUAAGUGGAAGCAUGUAAAUGGGAAAACUGCAUCUGAUUUUGAGAAUGAUUAUUCAGUUGCUGUAGGAAUAGCCUGGCAAAUAAAAGACUUGCUUGUUUCUGAUGACUCGAAAAAAGCUAUACUAGGGUCUCAAGCUCUAGAACUGCCAUUCCUUGCUUUAAAGGUCAUUUCAGAAGUCAGCAUUUUACACUGCAUCUGCUGUGAAUACAUGGACACAUAUCCUAUUUUAGCAUAUACAGCCCUUGCUGUGCAUAUGACUCUUCAAGAUAUCAACAUUAGGACAAACGAAUAUGGUACCCAGAAGAAUGAUAGGAUUGAGACUUCAUCAAUUCUGGAGAGGACGUUGUUGGAUGAGACAACAGAUCACCUUCUUAAUUGUACUGAGAAGCUGCUUGCAGCAGCUGAUGCUGGAGCUUCUGGCUAUUUACCUGCUCAUCACGGCGAAAAGCUAAAGGAGUCUCGAACAGAUGCCUCUAGCUCAAAUAAUGGUGGAUUUCCUCAUGAUAAAGAGAAGAUAAUGUCAAAUAAGUUGAAGAUGCUUACAGCAGUUCUCAAGUUCAUUGUUGAUUCAAUUGCAAUGGGCUUUCUUUCUGACAUUCAUAAAAGGUGCUUAAGCUUUGCAGCAUCAUAUUUCAAGCACGUCAUCUUUGCCUUAGGGCAACAAUAUAGUGAAGGAUUGCAACUUAAGGAGGAUGAUUUGAAAGACAGUAUUCUGUGUCUCAAGAGCUCUUUCAGCUAUGCAGGCAAGUUACUGAAUCUCAUCCUUAAGGACACUAACGGAACUUCUCUACCUACACAAGAGGCUUGUGAUCUUGCAAAUGAUAUUCUUGAUCUAAUCACCUCAAUUGAACUCUACUUGGGCUCGAGUUUUGCUGCACGCAUUGUUGCAGCAACAAAGUCGUGGUUGCCAGAUUUAAUUCUAGCAUUGGGAUCCGGCGGCAUUCUUAAACAAACUCCAGUAGAAGGCGCCUAUUUGACAUCAUUAUCUCAGGUUAAGCUCCAUUUUCCAUCAUGGCCUUUAAUUUUAGCAAAGACUGAGCUCUGCAAAAUGAGUGAAGUUAACCCAGAAGAGGAGGAUAAAGUUUUAGAAUCAGAGGAGAAAUUUCCUGUGUUCGAGAAAUUUAUAGAAAUAAUACUUUCUUUGUUGAAAAGGAAUCCGAACGUACUAGAUUCAGUCGGAGUGAUUUUCUUGAUUUACUCUGUUGUUGGCCUGGAAAGGAAGGAUUUUGGAUUAGUAUUAGGAAUCCUACACUUUGUAUGUGUGAAGUUAGUUGGCCAAGAAGACAAAACUUGGAGUGAACUUGAUAUGAUGUUGAGCUCUCUUCCGGACAUUUACCCUCAUAUUGAGAGAGAAAUUGAAGAACAAAGCGAUGGAGAUGCGAAGCAGAAAUUACAAAGUGCCAGAGCAUUGGUUGAACCUGUUUGGUUGUACCAUGUUUAUGAAAGUGGGAGGUUUACUGUAAUGGAAGAAUAAAAUCGAGUUCUUUUUAUAAUAAUUUUAACAAUAGAAUUAUGAUGGAAAUAUUUACCCUAAUGUAAAGUGAAAGCAGCAUAUGUGUUCAUCUGACCAAGAAAUUGUAUUUGUUUAUAUAUAUAUAUAUA